AUGGCCGCUUUGGCCAAAAUCCCAGGAAAAAUAACAGCAGCAGUAGCAACCGUAGCUAGAGCAUCAACGAGGCUGGCAGCUUGUUACUUUUCUUUACACGAACAGCUGUUUCUUGAAAACCUCCAAGAAGAUUUAGAAAGUUUUCUUCAGACUACUGAUAGCACAGAGGUGAUAGUGUUACCACCUUUGUGCCCUCGAUACAGAUACUUGACUCACAACCUUGUUCAAAAUGAAUUUCCCCCUCUAAGGAGUGUGUCCAUAGGGUCAGAUAAAAAAAGAAGAACGGUUAUCUUCCUAAAGCCACAGACAUUAGACAGCAAUAGUGAAAAAGUAAUGUCAAUGAAUUCAGUUGGAAAUCAAGGCAAGAAGAAUCUUUCCAUCGGCAGAGGUAGAGGGAAAAGAAGUGAUCAACAAAAACCGAUACAAAUCCAAAACAUCCCUUCUGGAUCAAAAAGUGAAAGUCAGUCAAAGACACCUGAUAAAACUCUGUCUAUGAGGGUUUCAAGAGGAAGGGGCUGGAAAAGACCUGAUCAAGCUAUAUAUGUUCCCAAAGCUUUACGAAAGAAAGACAAUGUUGAUGGGCAAAGCCCCGAGGAUAAAUCUAGGGAAGAGGAUGAAGUUUGUCAACUCGUAAAGAAAGAUAAAGGCAUUCUUUCUGAUUAUGACAGCUUUCUUGAACAAAAAAGUGCUGACAGACACUCAUUGACUAGACAGUAUCCUGAGAAAGAGGAGACUGCUGUUUCGGUAGCAUCGAGGGGGGAUCAAAAAAGCUGUAACAUUUCCAAUGAAAAAGAGGUGGAACCACAUGUAAAUACUUUAUCAGAGUCAGUUACAGCAGGUAGUUCAUGUAGCAAUGAUGCUGCUCCCUUGGAUACAAACAAAAACCCAGUUGAUAUAUCUGAUAUAAAUCAAGAUUGUUAUGAGACAAAAAAUGAAUCAAGAAAUGAGAAGGUUAAAGAAGAGGCAACAGCAAAAAUUCUGAGAACUGUAGAAAAUCAAGACACUUGUACAAAAAGGGAUGAGAAAGAAGAAGAACAAAAAUUAUGGGAAAGUGAAGGCAAAACAGGAAUGGACAGUGAAGGCUCUGCUGAUGGGACUCAAAUGAUAGACAUAUGUCAAUCAAUGCCACUGGUAACAUCUUGUGAAGAAAGUGAUAAAAAUGAGCAAAAUGGACAAAAGUUGUUAGAAAAUCAAGACGUGAGAAAAAGCACAACAUCGAACCAGCAGAAACCAGUGAUUGACAGCUUUCAAACAAGCUCAUCUGUGGAAUCUUACCAUGUGGAUGAUGACACAAAGAGUGAGGAAGAGGUGCAAGAGAAUAUAUUGAACACAGACCAGCAGCAAUGUUUGACUAGCAAUACGAGCUUGAUGUUGAAUAAAUCCAUUACCGAAAAGGAAAAUUUGCAGAAAGAGGAAAGUGAGUUCUCAGAGAAGAACCAAGUAUUGGGAAUUGAAACCAAAGAGAAAGAGAAUAAAGAUAGUGAUGUAUGUCAAUCAUCAUUAAAUGUUAAAGAACUAAACACUGGAUUUUAUAAUAAACAUGAUAUUAUCCUUCAAGAUAGUAUGUCUUCACCUUCCUCAGAAGGAGAUGUUGCCUUAGAGAAUGAUUCAAAGAUAGAUGAAACCUGUGAUGAUGAAGGCUUGCCUGAGGAAACCUCUAAAAUUUGUGUUUUUAACAAAGCUUUAAUAGAUCUUAAAGAUGAGUUGCCUGGGAUUUUAAAGGAGAAUUCUGAGGGCAAUCAUGUUGAUGAUAAAUCAAUUUGUUCUAAAAGUGAAGUCAGUCGUGAAGUCAAUGCAGAAGUAACUCCUGACGAGUUACUUCAUGAGAAUAGUAGUGAGAAAAAUGAAACUGUGAGUGGAAAUCAAGAAGAUCAGAGAGAAUCUGAUGAUUUUAAAGUCAUAGAAACACAAGGAGAUACAGAAUCUGAACAAGGAAAAAAUGUCAGUAUUUUAGAGGUGGGCAAUAACGAGGAAGGAAAAAUAGACUCUGAUAAUAAUGUAAACAAUGAGAUGAAAUCUGAUGAGAAAGAUGCUAAACACAAGAAAAAAAGUAAAAAGAAAAAGGGAGAUGAUGAAACCAAAGAGGAGAAAAAGAAAAAGAAAAGUAAAAAGAAGGAAAGUGAAAAUGGAGAACCAAAGGAAAAAGAGAAUGAUGAAAAACGUAAACUGAAAAAGAAGGAGAAAAAGAAAGCAAGUAGAGAAGAUUCUGAAUCAAAAUCUAAAGAUCAUAAAUCCAAGAAAAAUGCAAAGGACAAGAAGGAUAGAAAUGACGGCAAUGAUGAAGAUAGUGAAAGCUGGGAGUCAAAGUUCAAUGAAGAUGGUGAAUGUCUUGAUCCAGAGCUACUAGAAGAGCUUACUGAGGUGACAGGUAUUAAAAAACCUUCAAAGCGCAAGACACAGUUUGAUUACUAUGCUCUCCCACCCAAGGAAGUGAUAAUAGAUGAAGACUCAGGGUAUGGGCACAUUGCUGAAUUGUAUGACUUCUCUCCUGAACUCAAGACUCAAGACCUCGUACAGUUAUUAUCUUCAUUYAAGAAUCAAGGUGAUGAAAUCAAAUGGGUUGAUGACACUCAUGCAUUGGCAGUUUUUUCUAGUGAGAUUGCAGCUAAGCAGGCAAUCCAGAUGUGUUCCAGUCCCAUAAUAAAGCUACGCCCUGUCAGUCAAGGAAUUUCCGAGUCCAAGAGCAAAGCAAAGAGAUGCUUUAGUGUUCCGCAACCCUACAAACCACGCCCAAAAACCACUAAAUUGGCAGCUCAUAGACUUGUCACUGGUGCCCUUGGAGUGAGGUCUACUAUGAGUAAAGAGGAAAGGGAGAGAGAAAAAGAGAAGAUAAAGGAAGCAAAAGAGCAAAAGCGUCAAGAAAAGCAAAGGAAAGCAGACGUUUGGGGUGACUAGCAGUCUUGAUAACUUCAAGUUCACACUAUUAAUUUAUAUGAAAAUGCAAAAAGAGCUAGAAAAAAUGCCAGUAAGAUAUUAUUUUAUUACUGUUAAUUUAUUUACAUGUACAAAUAAGACACAAGCUACAAAUAUAUAUAUACAAUACAAAAUGUUCAAGUAAGAAUAAAGAUGUAUGUAAAAACAGCAAUGAUGUAGCACUUGUCACAUGGCAAUGCUCACAUAUUUUUGAGCGUUGCUGUUCCAUAACUUAUAAGACUUUUUUUUUUUUGGAUUCCAUAUUCCAUCAAUCAAAAAAUUACCAACUCAAACUAAUGAAAAUAUACCAAAUCCAUCUACACAUAAUAUUUUCCCAUUUCAGACCAUGUGUCAUUCUCUUGAGAAUAAAAUAGAGUAUUUCCACUAUCACAUGCUGGCACCCAUAAUAGUUUGGACUGCCUGUGAUUAGAUGGCAGAACAAUAUCCCUUUGCUCUCGGGAAUUGAAUUCUUUUUCAUGUAAAACAAUUGUAUUGUUCCUGCCAUCUAACAUGGCUGCCCUCUGGUGAUGGUGUAAAACUUCUAUUCUUUGUUUGAGUUGUAUGCAUAUUCAUGUGUCUCAUUCACAAUCAUUAAACAAAGAAAUGAUACUCUAGGGAAUGACGUGGUGAGAAAUAGAAAAAAAAAAAACAGUGGAUUUGGUCUAUCCAUGGACAGAAGCCAAAAUAUGUAAUAACAAAAAUGUGUGGAAAAUAGAAACAUGAUAAGCACCACAAAGUUCUUGCUCUCAUAUGUCCAAUUUUUCACCCAAAGUAUCAUCAAGUCUUGUUCCUUCUGGUAUCAUCUUGUCAUUAUUGCAUGGAGCUUUUUCUGUUAAUAGCAUGGUUAUCAAGAUAUUCUAUAUUCUAUCCAGGGAUUCCAUGGUCACUAUACUGUUUCCUCUUAUUACCUAAUAAAAAAAAAUGAUUCAGCUGAUGAAUAUUCUACUUGAGACAGGAAAUGAUGUCAAGUAACAUUACAACCUGUAAUAUUUACUUAAUGGUUCCCUUACUGUGUAAGAUGUAAUCACUUGCUACAGGUUGAAACAUAGAGGAGUUUCAGGAAUAGAAGGAGACCUCAGAGGUAAGAGAUAAAUGCACUACUGCUAUUAAAUAUACCCUCGAUUCC